AUGAUUUCAGGUCUCAUUGUCUACCCCAGUCUUGGCGGCUACGUUCUAAUAGCCAAGAAAUGCGGGGAAGCUUGGCCAUUGAAGGGCCAUGACCCAGCUUUAUUGACUAUGCCGGUCGAUCUAUUGGGUUGGCUAGCAAUGGGCUAUGCCAAGGUGAGCUUGUUGACAGACAUCCAGUCAGAGCACGAUAUGUUGCGGAAAGCACGGACGACCACCGCGGGUGGGCAUGCGGGGUGGAUGUUUACUCCAACAGAGCAAUGA